AUUUCUCAAAUGAAAAUUGGGAAAUACUCCGUAUCUAGAUAUGAUGUGGAUUUCUCUGUCAAAGUCUCUUGGGAUUCAAAUCGGUUUGGAGUAUCUCAUAGGGGAUUAAAGCUACUGCUUGAAGUAUCACCACCACAAAUCUUUCCAGACCGCUCAACCUCUUGUAGUUCAGGGUGCUGUAAAGGUAGAGGUGGGAAUCCUAGGAAAUCAGAUGCAGUUUUCUCAUGACAAGUGACAAUCCCUAGGUCAUCAUAGUCAGAAGCUUCACUGGAAGAAUCUUCAGAUUCAGGAUCUGAAAGUAGGGGAGUAAAUUUUGAUUCCAAAAUUGGAGAUUCAUUGACUGAAUCUGGACAAGGCACUUGUACUAGAGCUGGUUCAGGCACUGGGAUUGGGUGAGGAGCUGGUACCGGGACCUUGAUGGGAGCUGGAUCUGUGUCCUUUUGUUGUUGGUUGUCUUGUGAUUUGGAGCAUUCUCCUGGACCAGAAAGAGGGGGACCCAGUUUUCUUUUCCAAACUGUACCAGGCCUGCUUUUUUUGGAGGAAGAAUACAGUGCCCUUUCGAAUGACCCAACUUCAAGCAAGAAGAACAGUAAUGUGGAACAUUUUCAAAGAUUAGAUGAAGGAACAGAUCUUUUUCCCCUAACUUGAUGUGAACCUUUGGAGGAAGAGGUUUGGAGACAUCAACUUCAACGCAGAAACGAGCCAGAUCAGGUCUUGAGAAGUUCAACGUGUUUUCAUCAACUUUGAGAGGUCUCCCUAUAGUAGAGGCAAUUAAAGACAGGGCUCUUUGAUCAUGGAGGAACACAGGGAGUUUAGGACACGAGACCCAAACAGAUGGAUUCUAAUACCAUUGCUAAGGUUCUUCGUGCUUCGGAUGGUGCUGAAUUGGCCACAAGUCACACGGGCAAAGAUUGCAAGCUAUAUGUUCGACAAAAUGUCCCAAAGAUGUGUUUUGAGUAAACUUUUUCUAACCUU